AUGUCUACCCCAAAUAUUUGCCGUCGUUGUAAAAAGAAGAGAUCUCCUGAUGAAACUGAAGAAACUUUGAAGUAUAGAACUUGUAAACCAUGCAGGGAGAUCGAAAGAAAGAAGAAGAGACUCAAGAAGCUUCAAAAAUUAGGUCAAACUGAAGCUGGUGUUGCUGAUGCUGCUGCUGCUGCCGCUGCCACUGCUGCUGUUGCUGUUGAUAAUGCUGCUCAACAUAUCAAUGUUCCGGACUUGAGACAACAAGAUGCUUUGAAUGCAAAGAUUAUCAACAUUGCCAAUCAAGCUUCUUUACAAUCUCAACAACAAACUUAUGAACGUCAACCAGAACAUAGACCUGAAGAUCAUCACCAACAACAAUAUCAUCAACAAUAUCAUCAAGUUGCCCCUCAACAAGCAAAAAUUGAUGAUAAAGAAAUUCCAAUUGAUGAAAGUUUGUUAAAAGAAGGUCAAUCUGAAGAUCAUGGUUUACAACCAAAAGAUGAACACCACCAACAUCAUCAACACGUUCAAGUCCAAGAUCAAGGUCAAGUUGAAGGUCAAGAACAUCACCAACAUCAAGGUCAAGUUCAAGUUGAAGGUCAUGAACAUCAAGGUCAAGAACAUCAACAACAAUAUCAAGGUAUUCCAUCAGGUGCUGAACAUGAUGGCGGUGAAGACAAGAAUGCAGCUACUGAUUUUUCAAAUGAUACUAAAAAUAUCUUUGCAGCUAUUCAAAAUGCUAGUUUGGUUCAUAGUGAAAAUAAGGAUCCUAAUGCAGAUUAUUGUCUCUAUUGCGGUGCUUUGCGCGAUGUAAAUGAUAACGGUCGCUACAAACUUUGUGGUAAUUGUGUUGAUAAUCCUCUUGACUCGAACGUGUUUAGUGAUUUCGGUGAAUAUUUGACUCGUAUCGACACAGGAAAAUAUUCAGAUCUUAAAAACUUGAUUCUUUUAAAAAAAUUUGAGCCUAAUGAUACUAUACCAGAUCUUCAAAUUAACUCUUCAGAUGAUCAAUCAUCAAAUAAUUUAAAUGAAAUCAUGCAAACUUUAAACCAUCAGUUUAUUAAUCCUGUUAUUAGUACAUCUGGGUUCAAAUUCUCUAAAGGUAGUAGUAAUUUAUCAACAAAACCAUACCCGAAGGCAAUUAAAGUUCUUUACAAGUGUAAACAAGAUAUCAAAACAACUCAAAGAUCAAACAAUAACAAUAUUAAUGGUAAUUCAAAUAGUAAUAAUAAUAUAAAUCAGACUAGUAUUGAUGAUAUAAAUUCACCUUCAAAUAAUCAUGUUCAAUUAGAUAUAAAUGAUCAAUCCUCAAAUGGAAAUUUACAUGAAUCUGAAGCUGGUUCUGGAGUUGGAUCAAUAUCUGGAAUUCAAAGGAAAAUGAAGACUGAAUAUUGUGAUUCAAAUCUUUAUAUUAGUUAUGAUGUCAUUUCCAAAUCAUUAAAUAUUAAAUAUUCUCACAAUACUCAUAAGACAUACCUAGAAAAAUUAUAUUCACAAGAUUUGAUCAACACGGUGAAGGGAUACCUUGAAACUGAUCCAGAUUUUGAAUCAAUUUUUGAUAAGUUGAGUACACCAGAUUAUUCAAAUCCACAUCUUGAACAAAUUAGAGGUGAAUUAUUAACAUUGAAGAAGUCAAAUUUCGUUAGAGACUUUGCUAAUUUGUUGUGA